AUGGCCGAGGGUAUCGACAGAAAUGCAGACGAGCGCAUGGAGUUCUCAACUUCGAAAGAAGUGACAGUCGCCCCAACCUUUGAGGACAUGCACCUCAAGGAAAACCUCCUCCGUGGAAUUUAUGCGUACGGCUAUGAAUCGCCCUCAGCAGUUCAAUCUCGAGCGAUCGUGCAGAUCUGCAAAGGAAGAGACACCAUUGCGCAGGCGCAGUCAGGCACAGGCAAAACCGCGACCUUUGCCAUCAGCAUUCUUCAAAUCAUCGAGACCUCCGUCCGUGAGACACAAGGUAUGAAUGGGAACCCGGGCAUACACGACGUGGCUAACAAAAUCUCAGCUCUAGUCUUGUCCCCGACCCGCGAACUGGCGACCCAGAUCCAAAGCGUCAUUAUGGCCCUCGGAGACUACAUGAAUGUACAAUGUCACGCCUGUAUCGGAGGCACAAACGUGGGCGAAGACAUUAGAAAACUGGAUUAUGGACAACAUGUGGUAUCGGGUACGCCUGGGCGAGUGGCAGACAUGAUUCGACGAAGGAAUCUCCGUACGCGACACAUCAAGAUGCUGGUCCUGGAUGAAGCAGAUGAACUGCUCAAUCGCGGUUUCAGAGAACAGAUCUACGACGUCUACCGAUAUCUUCCUCCUGCCACGCAAGUUGUGGUCGUCUCUGCGACCCUUCCCUACGAUGUUUUGGACAUGACAACGAAAUUCAUGACCGAUCCCGUCCGCAUCCUGGUUAAACGUGAUGAGCUUACGCUCGAAGGCCUCAAGCAAUAUUUCAUUGCUGUGGAGAAAGAGGAAUGGAAAUUUGACACACUGUGCGACCUCUACGACACGCUUACCAUCACACAGGCAGUGAUUUUCUGCAACACUCGCCGCAAGGUCGACUGGCUUACCGACAAGAUGCGCGAGGCAAACUUCACCGUCAGCAGCAUGCACGGCGAGAUGCCACAAAAGGAACGUGACAGCAUCAUGUCCGACUUUAGACAGGGCAACAGUCGAGUCCUCAUCAGUACCGACGUCUGGGCUCGUGGGAUCGACGUCCAGCAAGUCAGUCUUGUCAUCAACUACGACCUGCCCAGCAAUCGUGAGAAUUACAUCCACAGAAUCGGGCGUAGCGGGAGAUUCGGUCGCAAGGGCGUGGCGAUCAACUUCGUCACUAGUGAAGACGUCCGCAUUCUGCGGGAUAUCGAGCUUUACUAUUCCACGCAGAUUGAUGAGAUGCCCAUGAACGUUGCCGAUUUGUUGACUUAA